AUGGCCCAGCGAGGCCACACGUCACCCUUCCCAUCUGACGACCUGACCAAGUACACGGACCUCUGCGAUGUGUUCAAGAUUGCGCCGCAGCAGGACAUCACACAGGAGUUCAGCACGCUGACGACUACAAUCGCUUCGGCCGUGGCUGCAGCGAUGAUAAUUGAGGCGUGUGUCAGCUCGGAUGCAAAGGAUGGCGUGAGGCUGCGGCAGAGGAUGACGCCUGCCAAGAACGUGAUGCGGGAUCACAAGGUGCUCCCUAAGCACUUGCCGGCGGGCAUCAAGAAGGCCUACGACCAGGCAAUGGAGAUGAC